AUGGACAGUCUCAAGAACAUCAAGGUCGCCGUCGACAGCCAAAAGGGCGUGCGCUGUUGGCUCCGUUCCAAGUUCGUGGGCCAAGACUUUGAGACCCCGGCAUCUGGCAUGGAUCUCAACGAGCUCGUGCAGAUUACUACCUCAUCGGCCCACAAGAGAGCUUUCCUCAAGGAUCUCACUGACGCCUUUGCUGGGUUCUCAAAGCCCGUCAUCGCUGCCGUCAUUGGGUUUGCUCUUGGCGGAGGUUGCGAGAUCGCUCUCGCGUGCGACAUUAUCUACGCUGCCGAAGACGCCACCUUUGGUCUUCCCGAAAUUAAAAUCGGUACAAUCCCCGGAGCCGGCGGAACACAACGGCUGGCCCGUGCUCUGGGCAAACACAAGGCCAUGGAGUUUGUCCUCACCGGCGACUCUGCCUCCGGGGCUGAGUUUGAGCGACUCGGUGUUGUCAACAAGGCGUUCCCCCGAGAUCAGGUCAUCUCUGCUGCGACCAGCCUCGCAGAGCGCAUCGCCUUGAUGUCUGGGCCUGUUGUUCAGGUCGCCAAGCAGGCCGUUCUGACUGUGGAGAACAGUCAUCUGGACGCGGGCAUGGCGACGGAGAAGAUGCUUUACUACUCCACGUUUGGGCUGUCGGACUUCAAAGAAGGCCAAACGGCUUUCUUGCAGAAGAGAAAGCCUAACUUCACGCAUGAAUAG